AUGUUUCAAUACUCCUACAGUGACAUGGUCUUCAUUGCUGUGGUGUGGACUCUGUCUGCGUGUGGUUUUAUGAUAAACUCGUUUCUUUUAUUCAUAAUUGUUUCCAAAAGUCCUGGUAAUCUCUCACCAUAUCGCAUCUUUCUUGCGAAUACUGCUAUUAGUCAGUUGAUGGCAGACGUUGUUUACGUAUUCAUUUCACCGAGAGUCCUCUCUGGAGGCUUACAAAUCAUAGUGAUUUAUCUCGGACCAAGUCGUUUCCUGGGGAAGGAUGUUUGCCGUAUGUCCUAUACAGCAAUGUGUGAGUUCAAGAGAAAAUGUUAUGAUUAUCGUAGUGAAUGGAAUUUUUCAGUGCAUUUUACUCUUAACGCUUUCCUGUCGUGGAUGAUUUCGAUGGUUUAUCGAUGUGUUGUCUUACACGUGAGUGUAAUAAAAACAAGAACAGUGAUAUUGAUGUGCCUGACCGCCUAUAUGAUCCCUGUCUCGAUGAUGGUACGAUUGUCUAGUACUUUUUAA